AUGGCCAGCAGCCCUGGGAAUAACACCUCCCUCUCCAUCCAGAGAGCCACACACACGGAAAAUUCCCAAGGGAAGAAGUCCCAGCAUGCAGGAGAAGCAAUCUUCUACAUGAACUGCAGAGCAGCCUAUCUAACUGUUCUGAAGAGCAGUUUAGAGAACAUUAAAUCAAAAGAACAACUCAGUUUAGUACUUCAACAGGCUGGAAGAAAUCCAUCUCAGCAGACCAUUAAUAAGUAUUGGACUCCACAAACAACUGCACUGAAUUUUGAUGAUUUUUGUGCUAUUUUAAAGAAGGAGAAACCAGCUACAAAACCUGAACUGCUGGAAGCAUUUGGAAAAAUAGACCCAGAUAAAACUGGAUAUAUUUUACAUGAUGAACUUUAUCGAAUUCUUACCACAAGAGGUGAUAAAAUGACCUGGGAUGAAGUGAACAGCAUUAUCAAACAAGCUGAUUUUAACUGCAGUGGCAAACUUGACUACAGCAAGUUCUGUGACUUGUACAUGAGGACCAGUGAGCAGUGCUGCAAGGCUGCUAGGGAGAGACUGGAAGUUGACAGUAGACUGAGGCAACAGCAGUUUGGGAAUCAAGCUGAAACUUCCCCUGAAGGCAACACACUGCCAGUGUCAAAACUGUCACCAAGGAUCUCCAGGAAAAAUGAUCACAAACUAGCAAAAGGUGACAGCAGAACUCCUUCAAGACCUUCAUCAGCUCAGAGCUGCAAAGCUUCCAUUUCUCCCCCUGUCAGCACUGGUGCCAGUAGCAGCAGGGACACAAAGCUAAUUGAGCCUGACACAAUGAAGGAAUGGCAAUGUGCACAAUCCAAAGGAUGCUUCUACUUGGAAGAAGAUGGGGAAAUCAUUAGCCACAAGUACAGGUUGCACUUACCUCAAAGAUCCACAGUUUGUGUUACCAUCAAACCCUUAAAUCUUCCCCAGGUAGAAGGAAAACCUUGUCGUUGGCUGUCAGUGGAUACAGCUUUGUUUAUCCUGAAGGAGAAUGAAAGCCAAGAGAAUCUACAGCUCGUGAGCUUUACUGAAGUACAAAACAAAGAGAUGUUCGGAUGGAAAGGGGAGCUUGGAUCUGGUGCUUACUGGCUGCUCCCAUUCACCACGGGCUGUAGGUUGAAGAAGGUGAAGACACAAACUCCUGGAGAAGCAAGACUGGUGUAUAGAGAUGAAGAUGGAGAACUGACUCUGACCAAAGACUUUCAAGCUGCUUUACUGGAUAUAUUUGAGACCAUUGAUCUGGAUGGGAAUGGCCUCCUGAGCUUGGAGGAAUACAACUUCUUUGAACUGAGAACCAGUGGUGAGAAGUGUGAUGAGGAGGCAUGGGCUGUGUGUAAGGAGAAUUUCGAUAUGAAGAAGAAUGAACUAACAAGACAAGGAUUUCUGGAUUUGAAUCUCAUGGAAGCCAGUGACCGGGAAGGGGAUCCUAGUGACCUCUGGGUCACUUUAUUGUCUCUGGGCUACAAUAAGGCACUAGAAAUGACAGAG